AUGGUUAAUUUCAAGUGGUCUGCUCUCGCCUUGUUGGCUCUGCGCGUCGCUGCCGUGUUCGCGCAGGAGGAAUCGGCUGAUGCCGAGCCCGGCGUCCUGAAGGAGGUGUCGCCUGACGAGCUCAAGGUCAGCAUCGAUACGACCUUCCCGGAUGCCGACAUCUUUGGCGUGAAGUUGGUCAACGGGCGGCCUACCAAAGCCAUCAUCGAGAUCACAAACCACGAGGAGGUCCCCGUUGACGUGGCCUUCAUCGGUGGCAUCCUCAAGACCACCAAACCAUUGCCCGAGGAUGCGCCGCACUACGCCUCUAUCGUGCGCAACCUGACGGCCGUCCGGUACGGUGUCCAGGUGCCCGCCGGUGAGAAGCACCAGCUGCCCUACCAGUUUGUCCUCGACAUGAUGCCCCAGGAUGUCAACCUCGUCCUUUCGGCUGUCAUUACCAACGCUGCCGCUGGCAAGAUCUACGAGGUGGAGGCCCACAGUGGUCCUGCCAGCAUUGUUGAUCCUCCUACCUCCAUCUUCGACCCUCAGAUCAUCUUCCUCUACCUCUUCCUGACCGCCUUUUUCUCCGGUAUCGCCUACUGGGUCUACAAGACCUGGCUGGAGCAGUUCUUCCCCCAGGCCAAGCCUUCUCGCGCUGCCGGACCCGCCAAGGGCAAGAAGGCCCGUCGCGCAGGCGGCGCUACCUCUGAUGCUGAGCCCGUCUCCGGUUCCGAGUCAGCCGGCGGUAACACCAGCGGUGCAGGUGAGAAGGAGUAUGAUGAGAGCUGGAUCCCGGCGCACCACAUCAACCGCCCUGUCGCUCGGAAGGUCAAGGGCGGCUCGAAGUCCAAGUAA